UGGAAAUUUAGCUUGAUACAGUACGUCCACAGAGCCCGAAACCGGACAUCCCGAGUUGGUUUGGAGGCCCAAAAUGGCGGCUGUCGUUCCUUCUGAGGAGGUGGGGAUGGCGGUUUUGGGGAAGGACACGCUUGGGACCCCAAGUGACGGCCACGAGCAGAGUUUGGAGGACUUGGAGGCCACCUUGCCAUGGGGUGAAGUCUACGGUAAUUCGACUCGUGAAGAGGUGGCAAUGCUUGAGGCGUCAGAGGGCGACACGAGGCCUAGUCCUGAGGGGAGCAGAGAAGAGGCCGGUGUGGACAAUGCCGUGGACCAUGAGGCCUUCUCCAAAAUGCCCACCACCACCGAGGAGGAGCAGGAGGAGGACAGCAACAGCAUGCCUGAGGUGGCCGCUCACGUCUUCGUCCCCAUUGACCCCUACUGCAUCGAACGCCCACCGACCAGAGACGAGAAGAAGCGCUGGGAAUACGAGGAGGAGGAGCUCGUGCGCUGCGAGAAGGAGAAGGCGAACCUUGAGGAGCAACGCUUCCUCUCCCGCGGCUACUCGGCCCACCGCUUCGACGACUUGCCCAGCUGCGACGGAGAACCAGGCCGGACGUGCGCAGAGCGGCUGCCCUGCUGCUGCCGGAACGGCCGCUGCAGCUCCGCCAACCUCAAGGCCGUGGCCUCCAUGGUCAGCGCCGCCACCAUUUUCCCAUGCCUGCUUUACGGCGCCUACGUCUUCCUGCCCUUCGACGUACCGCAGAUGACCACCAUGAGCUCUCGCCUGGUGUACACGCUGCGCUGCGGGGCAUUUGCGACUUUCCCCAUCAUUGUAGGUAUGAUUGUGUACGGGGCAUCUCGCCUCUGCUUCUCUUCCCUGCAGCCCUUUGGCGAUCUGCGUAGGGAGGUAGAGAUCCAUCGCCGCUACGUCUCCCAGUCCGUCCACCUCUUCAUCCUCUACUUCUUCAACAUUGCGGUCCUCUCCACGUACCUGCCCCAGGAAAACCUCAAGCUCAUCCCUCUGCUGACGGCACUCUUCGCCAUUUCCAGACUUCUCUACUGGCUGGCCUACGCCAUGGGCCGCUCUUUCCGCGGCUUCGGCUUCGGCCUGACCUUCCUGCCGCUGGUUGCCAUGCUCCUGUUCAACCUGUACAGCAUGUUUCUCAUGGAUUCGGAGAGCCUGUUUGUCACCGCCGGUAACGGGGCGCCCCCCCGCGAAAAGGAGCAGCGGUUGGCCGCCUCCAAGCCCAGAUACUGGGGUUGAAGACGCCGCUGCGCUUUCUCAGCCGGCCGACGUGUUGCCGUCAAGGGGAGUCGAGCCAGGCCUCGGCCCAAAGGAACGAUGACCGAAAGACCCUCAGGCCGCCUCACUGACUGACUUGACAGGUGUUCUCCCCGGGAGCCCUGACGUUUGCUGCGUGGAAGCCGGGAUAUUCCGACGGCUAGGACGGUCUGGAAACAGUGGCCCGUCUCAUCUGCAAAACCGAGGACACAAUUGCGGCCCCGUUUUCAAGCUACACCCCACCAGCUGCAACGCUUAAUUUUGGGACACGGGUAGCCAGAGACGCCUUUGCUCAUCAGUGGUAGCUCCGGGUUUUGGAAGAGCUUUGGGAAAACCGUUUUCUCACUGCCAUUCCUCCGUCUCCUCUUCCACAUCAUAGAAUAGUAGAGUUGGGAGGGGCCUAUAAGACCAUCAAGUCCAACCCCCUGCUCAAUGCAGGAUUCCACCCUAAAGCAUCCCUGACAGGUGGUUACCAUGACCAACUCUGUCUUUGCUUGACAGAGAAGAGGCCAAUGAACAAGUGGGGCCUGGGACAUCUGUUACUCCUCCUUCUUGCUGCCAUCAUUAUCUGGGCCAGAGCGAAAGACGGACAAACAGGUUGCAAUGGGGACCAGGAGUGGGGCCCUCCUGGGUUAUGGGCCCUUGACAGGUGCCUGACCAUGCCGGCUCUUGGCGCCAGCCCUGCCCCGCCUCCCACGUGCUGCUCUGAAUGGGGUUGUGCUGCGCAGGUGAACUCAUCAGGGUGGGGCAGGGGUUCGUGUGAACGCCGGCCCUCCUUGGAGGACACUGAGCACCUCCGUGAGAACAGGUAGAAGAUGCUUUUGCAUUCAGGAGCCUCCCUGUGGUUCCUUUCCAAAGCUCAAAAAAUGCAGCUCCUUGCAAACAGCAGGAUUUGGGUGGGAGGGUGGGUGGAAGAAGCCCUGCUAAAUUGACACAAGAGGGCACCAGGUUCCAUGUGCGGGUGGAAGAAGUAAUAAAAAUAAUAAU